AUGGCUGAAUCGACUAAGAAAAACUUGAACCAAAGCAAAGAGAUUUCGACAUGUCCAAUUUGCUUUGAAACUUAUAAGACUCCAAGAAACCUGCCAUGUUUGCACACAUUUUGCCACAAUUGUUUGGCCUCGUACAUUAUUUCCACGUGCAAGAUCAAACAGAACCCGGUGGGAUUUCCAUGUCCGAUUUGCAGACGUUUUGUACCCGCGCCAACAUUUACUGCAGAGAUAGAAAAGUGGGCUGAACUCAUGCCUAUCAACAGAAUGGUAAAUAUGUUAAAUGAAAAAUACUGCGAUGCAUGUAAGCGAGCAGACGAGGAGGAAGUGGCCAGUGAUUGGUGCAAGUCAUGUUUGGAAUCCCUCUGUGGUCCCUGUGCAAAGGCUCAUAAAAGAAAUGUACUGUCCAAAAAUCAUGAACUAAUUUCGGUAGAGAACUUUCAGAAAGUGUCCAAAGGAAAUGAAAAUUAUGAUUUAGUCAAUGUAUUCUGUCAAGAGCAUAGCAAUCAAGUAGAAUAUCUCUGUGUUGACCACGAGGAGUUAUGUUGCUCUCGGUGUGUGUGCACCAAGCACAGGAAAUGCAAUCAAAUUGAUGCCAUUGAAGAAGCUGCAGAAAAUCUUCGAAAAUCCGAGAAAUUGGAAGCUUUAUCUCAAGAAAUAUCAAAAUUUGAAGGAAUCCUUAUUAAAGCUAAAUUAGAGACAGAAACUACCAUAGGAUACAUUGACGAUACAUCAGACAAAAUAAGAGAAGAGUCAACAGAUCUUAGAAAUAAAAUCGUGAACCAUGUUGAUGCACUGCUAGAGGACCAUCUAUCUGAUCUGGCUAGAAAUGUCAAGGGACAAAAGGAUAUGUUAACCAGUUUUGGAGAUGCUGUGUCAGACAGGCAGCUUUUGAUGGCUCAGUAUUUACAAACUUUGAAAUGUGCAGAGAAAACACCUCCAUCUGUUCUUGUACAAGAAUAUUUCAAGAUCAAAGGGCAAUUCCGACACGUGACAAGAUCAGAUCUAUCUAAAUGUAAAUUAAAAUUGAAUGCAGAUGUUUCCAAGGACUUGACAGGUAUCCUAGAGGUUACAAAGUUUGCAGAUUUAAAGACAAAGACAACAUCUAUACCAUUGAGUGGAAUUGACAUGACGUGUGCUACCAUGAAGUUGGUUUGUGAACUGGAUGAUUCAAAUGUUGGCGUUACCGGUGGUUGCUUUCUACAAAAUGGAGAUAUCAUUUUGGCUGAUCACAACCACAGUCAAUUACUACAUUACAGCAAUAAAAAACUUGUACAUAAAACAAAUCUUGGAUUUCAACCACAGGAUGCAGUUUGUCAAAAUUCGUCUGUAUUGUUUGUUUCAAAAAACAUUUACAGAAGUAAAGGAUAUGUUGGAAAAUUUAACCUGGACAGAUUUGAAAAUAUUGAAGGUCAGAUGAUUACAAACAGUCAUGUUAAUCAAUUAGCUGUAACUUCGGGGUAUGUAUAUGCUGCUUGUUCAAGUUUUAUUGUCAAAUUUGAUUUAGAAGGAAACAUUGUUCAACGAUAUGAUGAGGUUGAGGAUUGGACCUACUCGGUAGCAGUUAACAACAGGGAUGAAAUUAUCAGCUCAAGUUGUUUGACACAACAUGUAACUGUUAUGGAAAAUUCUGGAAAGAAAAUGUAUUCAUAUUCUCAUGAAAAACUUAUUAAUCCACGUGGACUUAAUGUGAACUUUUCCAGAAACAUAUUUGUUGCAGGUCAAUGGAGCCAAAAUAUACACGUUUUGACGCCAAAAGCUGAAUUAUUGAAGAUUUUUGAUGUUGCUUCACCCAGGUUUAUCAGAUUUAAAGAGAACUCUUAUGUGUGUUUAGUUGGGUCUGGCAACAGUACAAAAGUGUAUGAAUUUCAAGAAGAUUUGUAGUCAUAGUUUGUGCUUCAAGCAACAAAUCUUAGUUAUAAAUUGUAAAAGAGCAUUAGCGGAAUGAAACGUGAUGUUUGCCAAUAAAAAUUAUUGUGCAUGUAAAACAAGAACUUUAGAUGAAGUAAAAAUUAUAUUUAAUAGAUAUUGAUACUGAUAUCAGGAUAAUGGGUGUUGUAAUAUUUGUUUAUUAACAUGAUACUGAUAUCAGGAUAAUGGGUGUUGUAAUAUUUGUAUAUUAACAUGAAUUUGAGGUUUCGGCAAGUUUCAUCUCUGUAGACUUAAUCUUAAAAUGUAGCCAACUACACAUUCAUGAGAUAUUUUUGCACGUUAAAAAGUUAAGUCACUUUAUGAGUUAAUGUAACGUUUAAGAACAAAUAAUUACAUUGUACAUCAUAGUGAAAUAUAACCACUAAUGUUAUUCUUAUCAUUAAAUGGUUUCAAACUGCUUAAUCAUGAUCCGAAGCUUAAGUGACUUUAAUCUAGUCCCUGCGGUCAUAGAAGGGUCUUCUCCUCUCAAGGGUCAUAUGUUAUAAUGUGAAUGAAGCAGAGGCCUAUAGAAAACAAAAUUAAACAUGUUAUAAAUUACCUUAGUAACUAGUCUUUAAGUCUACUCUAACGCGGGUUACAUAUUUUUUCUGCAAUGUCGCUACCUUCAUAUACCUUCAUACACUUUCAUAUACCUUCAUGCACCGCAUGAAUCGCCAACAAAAAAAAUUAUUGUUUAAGUAAUCCAUACAAUGGUAAAGUGUUUAAAUUACAUGAAUUAGCUUGAAAGGGGGAACAAGAAACCUUAAUUCAGGCUUAUCAUCAAAUGCAUUUUGGCUAAAAACAAUCAUGCAAAUGGUAUCCAAAUUGAUUAAAAAAUUAAGUAGGGAUGUCAGUUUUAUUCAGAUGGUCUAGUUGAUAAAUCAAGGGCUUAAGAUGAGCGAUAGUCGAGUACUCGUUGAUUUAAUAUUUGAAAUUGCAUUUCCUUUUCAAAAUAAAAUAAAGCUACUUUCACAUACGUAGUAUUAUUAACCCAAAAACAUCUAAAACCUAUGAUUAAGUGUAUUUGAUUUAAAUUAAAGUAAAUUUUUAAAAAUUAUUUUAUUAAAUAUCCAAUAGAAAAUGUUUAGUCCUGCGACACAUUAUUGAGCUAAAUUAUACAAAUCGUCCGCAUCACAAAUUUCUAUCAACGAACUGAGUUCAUAAAUUAACGUGUCUUUAGAAUCUAUCAUAUACUACCUGUUCAGAUUUUAAGAUCAAGCUUAAUUUGGAAGGAAAUUUUGUUCAACGAUAUGAUGAAAUAACUUGUAGCAUCUUGACCUAUUUUGUAGCAAUUAUCAACAGGAAUAAUAUAAUCAGCGCUAACUCUUUAACAAUCAGUUAUGAAGAGUUCUGGAGAGAAAAUACGUACAUAUUCAUAUGAGAAAUUAAGGAAUUUAAGAAUUAAUGUGAACUAUUCCGGAAACAUAUUUGUUGUUGAUCAUUUGAGCAAUAAUAUAUACGUUUUGACAUCCAAUGCUGAAUUACUUAAGAUUCUUGAUGGUGCUUCGCCCAGGUUUAUCGAAAUUCAAGAAAACUCAAAUGCGUUUCUAGUUUGGUCUGACAAAAGUAAGAAAAAUCUGUAUGAAUUUAAAGAAGAUUUAUGAUCACAUUUUGUGUAUUUAAUUUCAAACUCCAAAUGAAUAAGAGAGCAAUAAUAAAACAAGAUGUUGAUAUCAAGAAAAGUCAUAUUGAAAAGACGUGUCCGAAUACUGAUAUCUGAAUAGUGACUGUUGUAAUAUUUGUAUAAUUAUUGAAAUGACUUUGAUAAUUCUAUUGUAGGAAAUCUUCAUUUGUAUUGUGUAGACUUUUGCAUAAAUAAAUAACAAUCAAGUACACAUUCAUGAGCCGUCUAUUUUGGCUAUCUUAAAAUUAUAUCAUCUUUUCAGUUAAUACAUGAAAUAUUUUUAUUACAUUGUACAUCAUAGUAAAGUAUAGUCAUUAAAGUUGAUCACUACCCGCGUAAAAGGCAAUGUCUGCUAUAUUUCGUUUUCUUCGCCGCCAUCCCUAUACCCGGGCCCUUAUAUAAAACAUUUCAAAGAAUUUAGCUGUUGAGGUUCCAUCUGUUGGGACGUUCGCCUUACAUCUCCAUGUUUCAUAGACACAAUAAAGUUACCAAAUUGUUUCGCACUUUUACCCAGCCGAAGAUUUCUUACAUCAGAACAUCACUGUAAUAUCAUAAAAUUAAUGCAAGCCAGAAAAUGCACAUAAAACAAGAAAUAAAAGCGGAAAAUCUUUGAUCACGAAAAGAUUACAACACGUACGGCGGCCAUGAGAUUCAGGUGUGUGUCAUUGGAGCAAUAAUAUGCACGUUUUGACGCCCAGAGCUGAAUUAUUGAAAAAUUUUGAUAUUGCUUCGCCCAGGUUUAUCAGAUUUAAAAAGAACUCUUAUGUAUGUUUAGUUGUGUCUGACAAUAGGACAAAAGUGUAUGUAUUUCAAGAUUUGUAGUCAUGUUUUAGGCUUUCAUUUUCAAGCACCAAAUCUUACUUAUAAAUGACUAAGACAGUACUUAGCGGAAAGAAAGGCCAUGCUUGCCAUUAGAAAUUAAGGAUAAAACGAUAUCUUGAAAUCAUGAAAAAUCGAUCAUUUCAAAAGACAUCAGACUUGUGAAUACCGGAAUCAGGAUAAUACCAGUAAAUGUUGUAAUAUUUGUACAUUGGCAUGAAUAUGAGAUUUCAACAACAUAGUUCUGUUUUAAAGAAUUUCCAUUAUGUAAUGUAUACUAAUUCUUAGUUAUGAAACAAAGCUCACAUUCCUAAACGGUCCUUAAAAUAAAAUCUGUCAGUGAAAUAUUUUAAUAACUUUGUACAUUUUAG